AUGCAAAUGACGGCCGAAACCCAGCCGACGUGCUCUCUACAAGAGACCAUUCGAGCCGGGAAUUUUUACUGCUUGGACGAAACCACAUUCCUCCACCAAAUUAGAGACGCUUUCUCCCCAGAACUUGAACGACUGAAAUGUGUUAGAGCUGUCGAGGGCACCGAGGAGCAACGUGCCACGGCAAAUGGAAAAGCCGAUGCGUUGAGCCCUUCGCAAAUUCUCUACGGCAUCAACUAUGACGAGGUCAACCGAACGCUCGUCGGUCUUCUUGCCCUUCGAUGGGUCCACAACCGUGACUAUGAACGCUUUACGCAACCCCAGAUCCCCGAGUCGCGUUUGACAGAGGAAUCAUUCCACUGGCUGUACGACCUCUUUGAGAGAGGUAUCGAGGAUUCGGAUGAUCUUUUUGCCCUGGUGGUUUCGAUGAUAAUCAAUGAUUUGGGAAAAGAUCCCAACCUGGAAGAAGAUUACUAUUUCAAGACCCGCCAUCGCUUAGAGGACCACAACCAUGAUACCGUACUAUUGGCGGCAGCCAAGGUUGGGAUGGUUCCGGCUUUGCACUAUCUCACGCCGGAGAAAAGACAGGAAGUAAUGCUAGGUCUCGAACUCGGAUCGGAGCUGAAUGCAGGCCAACUGGCCCAAGCCGAAAGUGUGCCUGUCAACCUAGAAGGACUGAUGGCCAUGCGGGGCCAUGAACACGCAUUUGAGCUCAAGUUCAUGGAGCAAAUCCUCGACGUCGCCGGCGCUCUGGGCCAUCUUGACUCUAGUGGCUCCAAGAGCUUCAUCGAGCCCGUCUUUCAAGCCUUCAAGACUGUACAUGAGGUGUCUCUCGAUAUUAUUGCGGGCAGAUCCAACCCUCGACAAGGGUAUGACAAAGUCCUCACCAAACGUGGAAACUUGCUGUACAUCAAGGGAUUUCGCAGACUUAGUGUUAGCGAUCAAGAAGAUCGGGCACUACUCCGCCUGUUGACCAUGGGCCGGACUACAGACAAAGAGCAAGCCGAGCUGUUUUCCAAAGCAUUCAACGCCCUAGAUGAGGGAAACAGGAAACAACUCGUUGCGGGUCUCAAUGUCGACGGCAAUGUUAAUGAGACGGCCGUUCUGCCAUACUACAUGCCCGCAAUUAUAUCUACUACAUUAGAAACCACGAAAGACUCGGACGAGGAAGCUAAGCGGCGAGCACUCACAUCGCUUAUGAGGUACCUGGCCAAAGUCUUGGGCAGCCCGGGAAAGGAUCUGAACGGUCUCCCUGAGUUUGCAGUGUUUGACGGCGAAGUACCCGGAAUCAUCAUUGAGAGAAACAUGUCAAAGGCGCAAGAUGUCAUCAACAGCCCAGAAUUCAAGGAUAAUCCGGACCUUCUGGAUGCAUUGGACAUACCGGCCGGGCAGAUUCUGCAACGUAGAAGAACGAGUCAGUCUUGGUGA